CAAUUAUUAAAUGUAGCAACACAAAAGUCCAUAGACUAACUAAUUUUAACUACUAAUAUUGGUAGUACUGUAAACGGUUAGGUUUCCGGUCUUCUUCUCAAUAAACGUGCGAACGUGUAUCAAUACAGAAUUGUGGUUUAAUUCAGUAAAUAGCAAUUCCCGCAACGAUCCAGCCUCCAAACACACGCGGACCCAAGUCCGCACAUGGUCCAUACGAGCAACAACUGAUAUUUGCGUGGAGUUGCGAAGAAAGCCACACGAUCAUUCUGCGAUCUACAGAGGAGAAGCUGGGUACAAGCCAAGGCCAGCCAUCUUGAACCAUUUGCUUCGUACGUGGGACGACGCAAAACACCUCGGAGUCUCUCGUCAAUCGUAAGCGGAGCAAACGACGGGUUCAAGCAAUCAUCAAAAACAAGGCGGGCCAAGCAAGUAUUCUACAAAGACGCCCUCAUCGUCAGCGAACAUCAUAUUUCCCGCCAUUAAUUUCGGCGGCAAGGUGCAGUGAGGCGCCAGAGCUACGUUCAUUUCUGCAACGGUGCAGAAAGAGACAGCGGUACGCAAGAAAGAAGGUGCGACAGAGACAGCGAGCGGCGCGCGAGCUACACAUCGUGUCAUUCGCUGCGGAACUCAGUCAGGUGUGCCAACCGUACCAGCAAAUAUCCAGAGACAAUACUGUAUGUUUUUUUCAAAGAUUCCUUUCAUUCAUUCAGCAGCCAUUUUUAUUGUGUUUGUCUUUUUAUUGAAAGACACAAUUUUGGUUCGCGUGCUCAAAUAGUUGUUUGUUGUAGUAGUUUUGUUUAACCCUGGUUAUUUGUAAUAGUAUAAGAUAUUUUGUUUAAGUGCAAGUUACAGUUGUCGAUAUGUCUGAAACAAGUGAUAUUGUCAAACAGAAAAACAUUAAAAGAGGUUACAUUAAAGCCACGCUAACAAGAUUGGCUACAUUUUCAAAGCAAAACUUGUCGUCAUGCUCCAAAGACGAAUUGCUCGUCAAAAAGCAAAGGUUAACCGAGGCCUUUAGUGAAUACGAAGAGCUCAAUCAGGAUUUGUUGUAUUUAAAUCCAAAUGACGAUGAAAAUAUAGUGCUAGUGGAGGAAACAUACUAUCAAACCUUGACAUGUUUCAAUCAGACAUUAACGACAUUAAAUUCUGGUAACCUACAAGAGCCAACAACUUACAACACAACAGCCCAAUGCAGCCAAAGAACGAAAUUACCUGCUAUAAACAUUGGUAGCUUCAAUGAUGGCUACACAGCUCGAGCUUACCAGCUCGAAAGAAAUCAAGAUGCAGAUCCUGCCGUGGAAGAAUUUCUCAAGUAUCUGGAGCGGAGAGCCCUUGCGUUGGAAAGCGCUGAGCCCAGUCAAAAUGCUCAGCAUACAAGCAUGGACAACCGGGCAUCCACAACUAAGUCCAGACCCAUGGCUGCAACACACGUCGUGACAGGAACACAAUGCUCUCACUACGCUGUUGCUCCAGACGGAGCCGAUAAAGAUCGAGCUUCCCGAGCAGCCUCCGAGCCCAGCCCAGCCGCCGAGCACCGCGUCGGGGCCACAGUCUGAGUCAACCAGCGAUAGCACGGCGCCAGCACCGCGACGAUACUUGAGUAUUAUUAACACUGAGUUCGGACACAUAGUAGGAGGUAACAUACCAUGUCAUUUAGCACAGGCAGCGUCACACAAGGUAGUCUUAAAAUGUACAUUAGCCCCUCUCAAUGAUACGAUUGCUCAAUUUUGGAACACAGAAAAAGUGCCUGAAAUUUUUAGCGAGAAAUCUUCAGAACAGGAACUUUGCGAAGAGGUAUUUCAGAGUACUGUUAAGUUAGAAGAUAACAAAUUCCAAGUUGCUUUGCCUCUGAAGUUACCACUUUCCGAGGUAAGCGACGCACUUGGCGACUCGUUUCACUUUGCACACAAACGGUUUUUGAACUUAGAGAAAAAACUACAUGCAAACCCAACUUUGUUCAACCAAUACAAAGAAUUCAUAAACGAAUAUUUACAGCUCAAUCACGGUCAUUAUAUAGACAUUGAGAUGUACGAUUUAAACAAGGAUGCGGUAUAUUUUCUUCCGCACAGAGCAGUCAUCAACGAGAACAGCAAAACUACGCCAGUGCGUACUGUUUUUGAUGCAUCAAUGCUAACAAACAAGAAAAUUUCUUUAAAUGAUUUACAACUUAAUGGACCUACAGUCCAAAGAGAUCUGUACGAUAUCAUUAUCCUAUUUCGAUUAGGGAAAUUCACAUUCACAACGGAUAUAAGGCGCAUGUUUCGGAAUAUUAAUGUCGAUCCCGCAUACACAUCACUUCAGAAUAUUCUCUGGAGGGAAAGCCCCACAGAGACACUAAAAGUUAUAAGACUCGAUUCAGUAACUUAUGGUUUGAAGUCAUCGAG